GCGCGGUGGAAGCCAGUAGAGACACGAUGAUGACGACGAUGGUGUCUUCGGAGCUGGAAAGCAUUAAGAAAGAGCUAUUCACAUUUGCCAUGAAAGGCAGAUGGGAACAAGUGAUGAAGAUGUACCAGGAUGAACCAAGGGCGCACAGAGCCAAAAUAACAAGGUCAGGCGACACUGCGCUGCACUUAGCUGUGUCGGAAGCGAAGGACAAGGUGGUGGAAGAAAUGGUGAGGUCAGUUAGGUCCCAUUGGGAUGAACAUCAACUUAAAAAGGUCCUGCAAACUGAAAACAUUAGGGGCAACACUGCUCUGCAUUUAGCGGCUACAAUGGGGGACGUCAGAAAAUGUGAGAUAAUUGCAAAGGUAGAGCCGUCGUUGGUGGAUUGUCGUAACGGUGACGGCGAGACACCCCUCUUCCUGGCGGCUUACUUUGGCAAAACAAAAGCUUUUCUCUGCCUUCAUUAUAUCCGAAACACUAAUCUUACCGACGGCAACACUCCGCCCUACUAUCCCAACUGCAGAAGGAAUGACGGCGACACUAUUCUUCACUGCGCAAUCAAUGGAGACUAUUUCGAUUUAGCAUUCCAAAUAAUACACUUGUAUGAAGAUCUAGUGACCUCGGUGAACGAGGAUGGGUUGUCCCCGCUCCAUCUGCUAGCAGCGAAACCUUCUGCCUUCAGAAGUGGAAGCCGCCUUGGACGAGUUGGAAGUAUCAUCUAUCACUGUAUAUACGUUGAUCAGCUUAAGAAAGCAGAACCGCUGAAAUUCUAUACUGACGAAGUCAAGGAAGAUCAAGCGAUUCACCAACCAGCCCAUUUUCCACCCAAUUAUCGUGUCCUCUGGGACAUUUUCAACACCGUCAAAUCCACGAUGACAGGACCUUCAGGUAAAUCUAUAGCUGGAGGAAAAGAAAAUGAAUCUCAAGCAAAUAGCAAGGAUCUCGAAAAUGCGAGAAAUCAUCAUAGAGCCGCUGGUGCUGGAGAAUCGGAAGAGAGAGAUCGUGGAAGUGGAUUAUUUCCUGCUAACUACAGAACCUGCUUUAAUUUCGUCAGAUUCUUUUAUCUGGCUCUACUGGUGAUUCUUGGAGAAGGAUCGAGCAGGUUAAACAAGAUACGUCGAAAGAAGGAGAAGCACACUUGGUCUGUUCAAAUAAUGCAUGCACUUCUUAAUCGCGCCUCUGGUUAUGAGUACGAAGACAAUGGCUCCAAACCGGCCGACUCCCCUAUUAUUUCAGAGGACCUGCCAUCCUUUGGGUUUAAACUAUCAAUCGCCAAAGACAGCAGUGUGGAAGAAUGUAAAAAAAAGAAAAAGGAGUCGCCCAUACUCAUUGCGGCAAAGAAUGGCGUGAUCGAAAUAGUAAAGGAGAUUCUGAGACUAUUUCCGGUGGCUAUCUACGACGAGAAUGAAGAGAAGAAGAACAUAGUGUUGUUAGCAGUAGAGAAGAGGCAACCCCAUGUGUAUAAGUUGCUGCUGGAAAAGAACUUCUUCAAAGAAAGUCUAUUUCGGCAGGUGGAUCAUGAAGGAAAUAGUGCACUGCACUUGGCUGCCAAAAGUGGAUCGCAUGAGCCAUGGCGCAUUUCUGGUGCCGCCCUCCAAAUGCAGUGGGAAAUCAAGUGGUAUGAGUUUGUGAAGAAUUCAAUGCCACCUCAUUUUUUUGCCCAUUACAACAAGAGUUACAAAACCCCGAAACAGAUAUUCACUGAAACGCACAGUGAAUUGGUGCAAAAGGGGGGAGAGUGGUUGACGAAAACCUCCGAAUCAUGCUCGGUGGUGGCGACAUUGGUGGCCACGGUGGCGUUUACGUCGUCAACCGCCGUGCCUGGUGGUUUGGAAGAGGCCACCGGUCGCCCGCUUUUGAGAGCAGAGAGAGCAUUCGACUUGUUUACCAUCUCUUCGCUGGUGGCGCUCUGCUUUUCCAUUAUUGCCACCAUCAUGUUCCUAUCGAUACUCACUUCUCGCUAUCAGGAAUUUGAUUUCAACAGGGACCUGCCGAAGAAGCUUAUUCUGGGUAUGUCCUCGUUGUUCAUGUCCAUUGCAUCCAUGUUGAUGUCAUUCUGUGCCGGCCAUUUCUUCGUGCUCAAGGAUCAGUUCCAAGAUGCUGCGCUUCCUAUAUAUCUUUUGACUUCAUUCCCGGUGACACUUUUUGCUCUGGCCCAAUUCCCUCUUUACUUUGAUCUUUUGAAGACUACGUUGAAGAAGGUUCCACAGCGAAGCUACAAAGCUACCCCAGUAAUGGAGCUACAAGACUCAGAGGCGAAGAAGAAUAAUAAAAAUGGGGAAGAAGGUCAAAAAGAAAGAGAUCAUGGAAAAGGAUCGCCGAAAUCCAAUGAAAAGACUUCAACUGGAGAUCGAAACCAAAGAAAUCAUGGAGAAGUGGGAUACAGUAUCGUGGAAUUUAGUGAUGCAGAGAUAAAGUGAUAAAGUCACUAUCUUGGCUCUUUUUCUUUCUUCAUUUCGGUUAAAUAAUUUAUGUAGAGGUUUAAGUGGUCGACUGAAAAUUUCAGCAAGGAAGAAAGAGCUUCCAUAUAAAGAAAAGCCUUAACUUUUACUUUCAA